CAUCAGGGAGAGAGAGAGAGAGAGAGCUGAUAAGCUGGUACAGAACACGAGCACAGGACCAGAGGCUGACUCUGCUCUUUCAUUCAGUUCUCAUUAUGGCUUGGAAAUCUCCGUCAUUCUUCUUAACUGCCGUGAGGGAGAAGUAAAAGAGCGGAAACGAGCAGUGCUGAGUGACCUACAGUAAGAGCCUCCCGCUUCACCGCACCGUUAUUCAAGAUGUCACCACAUCAACCUCAGGCUAACCUGGACAUAAACUGACUUCCAUAAAACAUUCGAAUUUUAUCAAAAUUGACUGACAGCCAUUAGAACCAUUCGGAAUCUCAGUCAUCCUCCUUUUCUCCAAUCACAGAACAAAAUGGCCAACUAUAUUCCUGCCUCAACGCAAGAAUCUUCCACAGAGGUUACCAAUGGUAACCUGAAGGGAAAUGGUUCUCAGGAGUCAAUGAAACUAAAGAAAGAAAUCUCCCUAAUCAAUGGUGUCUGCCUAAUUGUGGGGAACAUGAUUGGUUCUGGAAUCUUUGUCUCACCAAAGGGUGUGCUGAUUUAUAGCGCUUCCUAUGGCUUAUCAUUGGUAGUGUGGACAGUUGGAGGUAUUUUCUCAGUAUUCGGGGCGCUGUGCUAUGCCGAGCUGGGAACCACUAUUACAAAGUCUGGAGCCAGUUAUGCCUACAUCCUGGAGGCCUUCGGAGGCUUUAUGGCCUUCAUUCGUCUGUGGACAUCACUCCUCAUCAUUGAGCCAACCAGCCAGGCAGUGAUAGCUAUUACCUUUUCCAACUACAUGGUGCAGCCGAUCUUCCCGACAUGUAUUGCACCUUAUGUGGCCAAUCGCUUGUUAGCUGCAGCCUGCAUAUGUUUGCUGACCUUUGUAAACUGUGCCUAUGUGAAGUGGGGGACUCGUGUACAGGACUUCUUCACUUAUGCGAAAGUCAUCGCUCUCAUUGCUGUUAUCAUCACAGGCCUGGUCAAGAUAUUCCAGGGUUACACACAGAAUUUCGAGGGGCUGUUUGAAGGCUCGACACAGGACCCUGGUGACGUGGCUCUGGCUCUGUACUCGGCCCUGUUUUCCUACUCGGGCUGGGACACCCUCAACUUUGUUACUGAGGAGAUCAAAAACCCUGAGAGGAACCUGCCACUGUCCAUUGCCAUCUCCAUGCCCAUCGUCACAGUGAUCUAUAUCUUGACCAACGUGGCCUACUACACUGUUCUUCCAAUCCCUGCUAUUCUGGACAGCGAUGCUGUAGCGGUGACGUUUGCAGAUAAAGUGUUUGGGAUAUUUAACUGGACAAUCCCACUCGCUGUCGCAUUGUCCUGCUUUGGAGGAUUAAAUGCAUCUAUUUUGGCUGCCUCGAGACUGUUCUUCGUGGGCUCCAGAGAGGGCCACCUGCCUGACUACCUGUGCAUGAUUCACGUUAGCCGCUUCACCCCCAUUCCCGCCCUGCUCUUCAAUGGUGCCAUGGCUCUGGUGUACUUGUGUGUGGAGGACAUCUUUAGGCUGAUCAACUACUAUAGCUUCAGCUAUUGGUUCUUUGUUGGUCUGUCCAUCCUGGGUCAGCUGUACCUGCGCUGGAAACAGCCAGACAGACCACGCCCACUGAAGCUCAGUAUCAUCUACCCGAUUAUUUUCUGCCUUUGCACCAUUUUCCUUGUGGUGGUCCCGCUCUACAGCGACACCAUCAACUCUCUGAUUGGCAUCGCAAUUGCCCUAUCAGGCGUCCCUGUCUACUUUCUGUGCUGCUAUACACCGGCCUCCCGUAGACCACUGUGGCUUCGCAAAUUUAUCGCAUCAUCUGGUUUGCUGAUUCAAAAGGUUUGCUAUUGUGUACUUACUGAAAUGGACACUGAUGAAGGAAAAGUGCAGUAGAAUGGGACUGCUAGACAUUGCUCUAUGGUACAGAGGUUUCCCCAUGAUGUAGUUAGAAUGAUUAAAACAUAACACCCAGGAAGUCAUCGGACUAAUAUACAGGCUCUUUGGAUUCUGUUCUAUGCAGAUACCUGAAUGCCCAUACUUCUGGUGGGGGGGAUAACUCAUUACCUCUGAAAAUAAUUUAUGUAGGCGUGUACAUUCAAACUUUUUUUUUUUUUUUUCCCUAUUUUUAAGUUCCUGGGAUUUUUCAGCCCAUUACAUUUUAAUACUAGUGUGCCCGGUUUACAGUCCAUAUUCUAAAUCCUCUCCAAUACUCUCCACCCAUACAAAUUAUGUAGCUGUUUGUUGUAUUGUUUGUAUAGUAAUGAGAACACUAUGAUCAUACAACGACUUUCACAACAUUGGGUUAAUAGAUUGGCUCAUAUCCUUAACAGACGUUAUUAGUGAUAUGUUCAUUGAUGUGCAGCCAAAGAUUAUAACAGAACAAAACAGUCUGGACUGUUAACUGAAGGGCUUAAGUGGAAAAAUGUGGAAAAUUUAGCAAAAAUGAUGCUAAAGAUAUUGUUCGGAUUUUAUUUUUACACACUUUCCACUAUAGCUCAAAUAGGCUAUGACAUUUAAUUAUUGUACACUUAAAGCAAAACAAUUAAACCAGUACCCUUAAUAUGCUUACUGAAGAUCAAUCACGAAUUCAUUCGCUGAUAAGGGGGUAUAUAUAAUCUAUAUCCCUUUAUAAAUGGAAUAUGAAAUGCUACGUAUUUUAUAUUUUUCUAGUUCAUUUACUGAAAUAUGUGCCGACAGCAUAAGCACUGGAUUAUUUUGGUCAGUUGUUUAAGCAGCUGUAUUUGGAGGUGAAACAGGGCUGAAAAAGAAGCUGAGUAAAAGAUAUAAUUGAUUACAUAAAAAUGCAAAGACAGCCUUUAUAAAAAAAUAUAUGAUUUGCACUGAAGCUUGAGAUUUGGAUUUAUUUACACCAUAUUUAUGUGCAAUGGAUUUUAAAUAAAAAGGUCUGUUAAUCAUG